UAUUUAGUCGGCCACCUCCGUAGCCAACAUUGCCGAAAACAUCAGUCACUGUGUUUUAAACAUACUUCUGUCGUGUCUAGUUGUUGGCCCAUUUAAUGUAACGUUAAUAUUUACGUUGUUUGUCAGGUAGCUGGCUUGCUAAGUUAGCUUUGCACUAGGCUAAUCGCUAAUGCUAAGUAGCUAGCUAGGUAACAUCCCCGACCAUGAGUUCACUAAACUACUCCACUCCUGCUGAAGAAGAGGUCCGCUGGACGGAGGAAGAAGAAGAGGCUGUUACAGUUAAACAAGAAGUAGAGGAUGAGGCUGUUACUGUGAAAGAAGAAGAGAAAGAAGUUACCGUGACAGAGAAAGACGCUUUCAGAGUGAAAGAGGAGGAGGAAGGAGUUUUCGGAGUGAAGAUGGAGGGGCAGAUUACUGGCACGUUGAAAGAGGAGGAUGAGGCGGAAGAGGAGACAGGAGAUCUGAGUAACACCACAGGAGAGCGACCAGACUCUCACUCUGACAGCGGGGAGAGUCAUUCAGGGGAACCAGACCCAGAGACGUCCAAACCAGCGAGACAACACCACUGUUCCGAGUGUGGAAAAAGUUUUAACCUAUCACAACACCUGAAAUCACACAAGAGAACACACACAGGAGAAAAGCCUUACCACUGUUCCCAGUGUGGAAAGUGUUUUACUCGGUUAGAUUACCUGAAAAGUCAUAAGCAAAUACACUCUGGAGAGAAGCCUUACUCCUGUUCCUAUUGUGGAAAAAGUAUUAGGUGGUUAGGGACUCUGAGAUCGCAUGAGCGAAUACACACACAAAAAAAGCUAUACCAAUGUUCCUUGUGUGGAAAGCGUUUUACCCAGUUAGAAGCCCUGAUUAUGCAUGAA